AUGUGGGAGCGAGGUUGGGUGGGAAUCGUCAAGAGGUCCGCUGCUAAUGUGGCGUCGUCAGUCACCGGGAAGGAUGAUGCGACCGUGUUGGCGGCAUUGGGUCACAAAGAGGAGCUCAAUCGUCAGUUCACGCCUUUUUCUAUGGCAGCUACUGGAGUAAUUACUGCCAGCGCGUGGACGGCGAUCAUCGGGACCUUCAUAACCUCCAUCUAUAAUGGCGGUGCUGCUGGGUUACUCUAUGCAUGGAUCGUGGAUAAUUUCUUUUUUCUCUUUAUUGCCCUGUCCAUGGCCGAGUUGACCUCGGCCAUGCCGACUGCUGCAGGCGUGUAUCACUGGUCCGCGGCAUUGGCAGGACCUAAGUAUUCUCGUCCAGUGGGCUUUCUCACCGGAUACUUCAAUAUGCUUGGAUGGACUCUUGGUCUGGCUUCUUUAUACUCUGUUGCUGGCCUUGAAGUCACCGGAUUGUAUCAGCUCUACCAUCCCGAGUACGUGCCUCAGCCAUGGCAUGUCUUCAUUGUGUUCUUGGUCCUCAACUGGUCCUUUGCGGCUUUCAUUCAAUUUGGAAACAGAAUUUUGACCUGGUACACUAAAGUUGGACUAUUCGUUAAUGUGGGCGCCUGGUUUACGAUCAUCGUCUGCCUUGCUGUUCUCCCCAAGUCUCACUCUACUAGUUCAUUUGUAUGGACAGACUAUACCAAUUCAACGGGUUGGCCAACAGGUAUGAGCUUUAUUCUUGGCAUGGUUGCUCCAGCUUUCGCCAUUGGUACGAUCGACAGCUCGACACAUAUGGCCGAAGAAGUACCAAACCCAUCAAAGAAUAUUCCCAAAACCAUAAUGGUUCAGUGGUUUGGAUCCUUUAUCAUGGGCCUCUGCUUCCUCAUCGCUCUUUUCUACGCAGCGGGCAACCUGGAUACAAUUCUCACUGCUUCAACUGCCAACAAUUUCCCAGUUGUAGGCAUCAUGCAAAUUGCGUUUGAUGAUACACGAUCCGCCUUCGCAUGCGGUCUAGUAAUUUUCCUCGCUGCCAUCCCAGGUUGUGUCGGUGCGCAAAUCGCGACCGUAAGAUGUGUGUGGGCAUUUGCUCGUGACGGUGCUCUUCCAUUCUCCAAUUUCUUUUCCAAAGUCGACGAGCACAACGUUAUGCCAGCAAGAGCAAACAUUCUAAUUACAACCAUUAGUACUGCCUUGGGCGCUCUUUACGUUGCGUCGACAAUUGCCUUCAACGCCCUUGUCGCUUCGUACGCCGUCAUGUCGUCGACCUCAUAUGGCAUUGCCAUUGCUGUCCACUUCUUUACCGGGCGCAAGAGAGCUGCACCGGGUUGGUUCUACCUUGGUGAUGGAAUUGUAGGAUAUGGUGUGAAUGCGAUUGCAUUGGUUUACAUCUUUGUCACCAACGUCUUCUUCUGCUUGCCUUAUGAUCGGCCCCCGGUUACUGCCUCAACCAUGAACUACACCUCCCUUGUGUCAUAUGGGAUGGCUAUUCUGGUGAUUAUCUGGUGGUUUGUUGGUGGCAACAGAAUUUACAAGGGACCAAAGCUGUCUUCUGAGACUUACCAGGUCUUGGAAAGACUCGCGGAUUCCAGAGAUGGUCUCCAGGUUGAGAACGUCCAGUCGACAGGAAAAGCUGAAAACUGA